AGCAAAACAGAUGGUGUAUUUUGAAUCGCUCUUAAUAGCAGAAAGACGGAUUAAAAUGGCCGAGAAUACAUCGAAUGUUUCCGAUAGAAAAAUCAAUAAAGAGGACUUCUCCUGGCGAGCUGGUUGGGUGGACGGAGUAAUUGCUUUGAUAACGGUGCUUGGUAAUAUGCUGGUCAUUCUACUUAUCCUUACACGUGCUUCUCUUCGUACAAAGCAGAACUGGUUUGUUCUUUCCCUGGCAGUGGCYGAUUUUCUUGUCGCCGCAAUAGUUUUCCCUUUACGUUUAGCUAUAGGUUAUUUGUAUUUCGGAAAAACAAAGCUUUUCAUUGAUGCUACUCACGACUUUCUUCUUUAUGCCUCGACUUUGAAUCUUAGUGCUUUAACUUUGGAUCGAUACCUCUACAUUGUGCAUCCUAUGAAGUAUCUGUGCUGGAAAAGAAAGACCAACUUGAUCAAGACGUCACUGGUUGCCUGGAUUGUAGCAUUUUUCAUUCCCCACAUACGUCUGUUAAUAAAUCUCUAUGUUGAAAAUACUGAAGUAGAAAAGAACUUCAUUUUGUUUUUACUUUGUUUUGAAACUGUUCCUUGCCUAUGUUUACCCACUGCGUAUUUGCACAUCUUAUACUUUGUUCGUCGGCAAAAAGCACAAAUGAAAAUGCAGAUGAGACAAGUGCAACAUAACUACGUCGUUACAGAAAAUCCUGAAAAAUAUCAAACGAGUAAAAGAUCGAAAAUCCUUGUGCUUGGGGAAGUCAUUGGUUUUUUUGUCCUCUCAAACGUAGUCCACAUUACGCGUGCAUGGCUAAAAUAUCUACUUAGCACUCCAAUAUUCAACAAAACAUUCAGCAGAACUUCAUAUUUCCUGAUUCAUGCCAAUUCUGCCAUCAACGUUUUUGUGUACGGACUCUUUAAGGAAGACUUUCGUAGAGAGAUGAAAAGAGUAUUUUGUAAACGUACUUCUCCUCCCUCAAUCUCGCAGCCGGCUGCUGCUGCUCAUAUUGAACUACAAUAAGGCUUUAGAAGAAAGAAAUAUUUAAAUAUCUAAGGGACAAAAACUGAACGUUAUUUGUUUAGACCUUUAGCAACACACUAAGAUGACAAUGAUCGGUUAUAUGAAAUGGGAAAUCAUUUAGGCGUUUGAAUGAUUGGGGUAAUUGGCGUCACUUUUGCGCGCAAAAAUACCUUUAUUUUCCUUGGAAUGAUUGAGGCAACGCUGCAGUAAAACUUCAUUACAAGUUCUUUGGGGUUGAAGAGAAGCUGCAAGCGGCAUUGAUUGAAGUCAGCCUCAGUACAAACUUUUAGCUUUAUUAAAUUGCUUCUUAAUUGAUUCCCAUUAUAAAAUUCA